CGUCAGUAGUGUCUGUGAACUGAGAUAGUGGGGUUUUUAGUGGAAAUACAUAUACUAAGGGUCUGAGAGCGCAGAAAGGGAAAUGGCAUUAUGGAUACAGGCCCAGCAGUUACAGGGAGAUGCUUUGCAUCAAAUGCAGGCUCUCUAUGGUCAACAUUUCCCCAUAGAGGUGCGACAUUACCUGGCCCAGUGGGUAGAAGCACAACCCUGGGAUGCCAUAGAUCUGGAAAAUCCACAGGAGGAGUUUAAAGCAAAGCGUUUAUUGGACAGUCUGAUCCAGGAGCUACAGAGGAAGGCGGAGCAUCAAAUGGGAGAGGAUGGCUUCCUGCUCAAAAUCAAACUAGGCCAUUAUGCCACACAGUUAAAGAGCACUUACGAUCCUUGUCCUCAAGAGCUAGUGCGAUGUAUUAAGCACAUCCUCUACACAGAGCAAAGACUGGUGCAAGAAGCCACAAACGUGAACUCUUCAGGAGGUGGACCCAUGGAGGGCACUCCUCAGAGGUACCAGCAGAUCAACCAGACAUUUGAGGAGCUGCGUGUUAUGACGCAAGACACGGAAAACGACUUGCGCAAGCUACAGCACAGUCAGGAAUACUUUAUCAUCCAAUACCAGGAGAGCCUCAGAAUACAAGCGCAGCUCAGCAGUCUGGCCAGUUUGCCCCCGGCCGAGCGCGUGCAACGUGAGACUAGUCUUCAGAGUCGGAAAGCCACUUUAGAGGCCUGGUUAACCAGAGAGGCCAACACACUGCAGAAAUACAGACAGGACUUGGCAGAGAAACACCAGAAAACACUUGCGUUGCUACGGAAACAGCAGGCAGUGAUUGUGGAUGAUGAGCUGAUCCAGUGGAAGAGACGUCAGCAGUUGGCUGGCAACGGAGGACCACCAGAGGGAGGACUAGACAUACUUCAGUCAUGGUGUGAGAAGUUGGCUGAUAUGAUCUGGCAGAACCGACAGCAAAUUCGCAGAGUGGAGCACCUAACCCAGCAGCUGCCAAUCCCAGGCCCCACGGAGGAGCUGUUAUCAGAGCUCAACGCCACUGUUACAGACAUCAUAUCAGCACUGGUCACCAGUACCUUCAUCAUAGAGAAACAGCCUCCCCAGGUUCUGAAGACACAGACCAAGUUUGCGGCGACAGUACGGCUGCUGGUGGGGGGAAAGCUCAAUGUUCACAUGAACCCACCUCAGGUCAAAGCCACCAUCAUAAGCGAACAACAGGCCAAGGCCUUACUGAAGAAUGAGAACACCAGGAAUGACAGCAGUGGAGAGAUUCUGAAUAAUAACUGUGUGAUGGAGUACCACCAGACCACAGGCACCCUCAGCGCACACUUCAGGAACAUGUCUCUGAAACGUAUAAAGCGUUCGGAUCGGCGUGGGGCGGAGUCGGUGACGGAGGAGAAGUUUACGGUUUUGUUUGAGUCUCAGUUCAGCGUGGGAGGAAACGAACUCGUCUUUCACGUCAAGACUUUAUCCCUACCUGUCGUGGUCAUUGUUCAUGGAAGUCAAGACAACAACGCUACGGCAACAGUGCUGUGGGACAAUGCCUUUUCUGAGCCGGGGAGAGUGCCGUUUGUUGUACCAGACAAGGUGACGUGGCCACAGCUGUGUGAAGCUCUGAAUAUGAAGUACAAGGCAGAGGUUCAGAGUGAGCGGGGCCUUUCAGAAGAAAACCUGGUCUUCCUGGCACAGAAAGCCUUCAGCAGUUCCAGCAGUAACCCCGAAGACUACCGCAACAUGACCAUGACCUGGUCCCAGUUUAACAGGGAAAGUUUACCUGGCAGGAAUUUCACUUUUUGGCAGUGGUUUGACGGAGUCAUAGAACUCAUGAAAAAACAUCUCAAAGCCCACUGGAACGAUGGGGCGAUUCUGGGAUUUCUGAAUAAACAGCAGGCUCAGGAUAUGCUCAUGUCCAAACCAAACGGAACAUUCCUGCUGCGCUUCAGUGACUCUGAGAUCGGUGGCAUUACAAUCGCGUGGGUUGCAGAGAACCCUAAUAAAGCAGGAGAGAGGAUGGUGUGGAACCUGAUGCCCUUUACCACAAAGGACUUCUCAAUCCGCUCACUGGCCGAUCGCAUCAGUGACUUGAACCACCUUCUGUUCCUGUACCCUAACCAGCCCAAAGAUGAGGUCUUCUCCAAGUACUGCUCCCCCACACAACCGAAAGCAGUGGACGGUUAUGUCAAACCAGAGAUCAAACAAGUGGUCAAAGUAGAAUUCUCCUCUCCCAAUCCUGAGCCGUCACCUGGAAACCCUACCUUCAUGGAUACCACAGCCUCCCCAACUGUCAAUCAACAACACGGCUUUCCAAUGUAUCCUUCAAUGAAUGAUCCCAUGCUGGAUGCUGAGGGUGAGUUUGAACUGGAUGACGUGGACAUGGCCAGACAAGUCGAGGAGUUUCUGCGACAGCCCCAGUGGAGCGGCCAGCAGUCGUGACCUUUUGACUCACAACAGUUAUUACCUUCUACCCCACUUAAAGAAAGCACUUAAUGAGUCUCAUUCCAUUUUUUUUAAAUCGAACUAUUUUAUUUGAAGAAAUGUUACUAAAUGUGAAAUGUUUAUGAUGGAUGAUGAUCAUUGAACGUACUACAUAUGUGCUCUGCAUAACCAGUGUUUUCUUAUUCCAACAAAUGACAGAACUGGGAGCAAGUGUCCCACACAUGUCUGGAUUAAAACGAAUAAUAACUGGAGAAUAAUUCUAAAACAGAAAUGAACUAUCACAAAAUUGUAGUAGAUCUAGAGCUUCCUUUCUAGACCACAAAUGAGAAUAAUCUCAAACUAAAUAUAUUUUUCAAUGGAAAAUAGCUAUUCAGAGUGCAGGUAGUACUGAUCAAGACCAUACAUGUGAAUAACUGGCCCCGAGAAAUUGUAAUGAUGGCCGCCCUUAUCGUGCCUGGGGAAAAUCAGUGAUUGAUACUUGUUCAUGCAGGCAAAGUUAUUUAUGACAUUACAAAACAUUAUUUGCCUAAUUUGUGAUUAGUGUCAUUUACAGCCAUGAGUGAUGUGAAUCCCAGAACUAUUCUGGAUGCAAAUGGAAUGUGGAGUUUGGAUACAUCACUGAACAGAGCCACAACAUAGAUAGAACUUAAUCUGUAUUUUUUUUAUGUCCAUUGUGCUGUCUAAGGGCUAAAUUCAACCAAUCAGCUGCUGCAGUGGAAGCACAUAACAGUUGAAACUAUGCUGAUUCAACAGCAGUGAUGCUUGUCACUGUUAGUUUGUCAUUGUUUCUUUUUUUGUUUGUUUUGUUUUGUUUGUUUGUUUGUUUUUUGCUUUUAAUUGAAACUAAAGUACUAUAUAAAGGGA